UUUUUGGCAAUCCUCCUCUGUCCUCACGCCUUUUUUCGAUCGACAUUACAUGCUACAAGAAAUUCGCAUCUCCCUGUGACAAGAUCAUUUACGAUUAUGGCAUCUUCCAAAGCCUCCACAUCCGAUGUCACGGUAUCUAGUGUCGAGGGCAUGCAGCAAUUGCUCUUCGUGCAGAUGGGCUUUGGGUGCGAUCAACAUGGGCAAGACGCCACCAAAGCGGCCGUCAAGGCCUGUCGCAACGCGAUCGAGUGGAAUUCGCUUCCGUCGAUAAACCAGAUCGUCCCAGGAGGGUACGAUGCCAUGAAAGUGCGUGUGCAGAUAGCCGUGCCAGUGGAUGCGUCAAACAUCGACACAGAAGCCAUCAAAAAAGCAUUUCCAUACGGUCAGCUCUUACCCGUAGAGAUCCAAAGCGGGGGAAUGCGUGCGUCGAGUGGCAUCGCCUUGCCGGCCAUGGGCGACCGGAAUGACGAUUGGAUCGUGGCGAUUGCCGCAGUGUCCGUAGGAUGGUGAGAGUCGACUAGUACGGCGUCCUCCUGAGGAAGGCCAGUAAGGCACUUUUUGGAGGGUCAUUGGGAGGUCCGACAAGACCGAGGGAGAGAAGGGAGGUGCAG